AGCUGUCAAAAUAUUGACGUAACAAAUUUGUGGUCCAUUUUCAUUUGCCCCAGUCGUUUAACAAUUUUUAUAUUUGUUGUAAUUCUGCAAAAAUUCCAAAAAAUAGAAAACACAAAUGAAUAUCAUGAAAUAAUAAAAUUCAAAGUUGAUAAAUAAAUUGUGCGGCACGUCGUUUUAAAGUGUGGAUGCGUGUUUAGCCUGCAAUUCUUCGUAUAACCAAAAGGGGCGGGAGUGUCCUCCAUCAUACAGUUAUCCAGAAGAAGUGUGAAGAAACAAUAUUAAUUGGUAUUUUUAAUACAUAUGCCAACGGUUGCAGUGUUCAAAGUACAUUUAUUUUUAAAGUUGCAAAUUAUAUUCUUAUUGGAUUUUUCAAGGUAUUAUAUGAAUUGAAUAAUACAACAAGUUACCUUGAAAUCUAAUAUCAUAAGCUGACCUUCAAGGAGUUUUCUGUGCUGUACUGUGAACUGUGGUUUUGUCAGACAAACCUUAAAACGCAGUUAGCUUUUGAGUUUUUUGAAGCUCCGAAGGUACUGUUGUUCCGGCUAAAGAAAUGUGCGAUUCAGAUGCCAGUAAAGUACAAAAGUGGAUAUGUGACUAUUGCACCUAUGAAAAUUUUCCCUCGUCACUGAAAUGCACCAUGUGCAAGGGUGCGAAACCACUUUUGAAUGAGGACAUCUUUCGAUUGAGUCCACCGCAAACUGCAUUCGAUGGUGAUGAGGAGCGUGGUGCCACAGCUGAUGUUGUUGAAGCUUCGAGCCUUAAUGCUUGCUUUUCACAAUCCCGACAAGAUGUACCCGCUACAACACCCGCCUCAGCAUCUCCAUCUGCUUGCGCUAAAUGGGCCUGCAAGAUGUGCACCUAUUUAAAUUGGCCACGCAGUUUACGUUGUGUACAAUGCUGCACUAAGCGAGGAACUGCUGUUACUGAUAUUAACGUUGAUCUACAUAUUUGCAAUGCAGAGGAAGCUGCCGCAGCUUCAUUGACAGCAACAGAAAACUUAGAUACAAUUGAUGGUACACAAAAUUAUAUGGAGAAAAAAGCAAAGAAUGAAGAUAGAAGCGAAACGCCGGCUAUAGUUCAUAUGUCAACAGCAUCGGCGAAUUCAUCGAACAAUCUUAAAGAUCAAUUGAAAGUUUUACGUAUCACUAAUGAUAUGGAAUUGAAUGCUAGUAAUUUAGCAGAAUCAAAUAGAUGUGAAGCAAGUGGUCACCCAGAACAAAUUCAUAAAAAACCGAGUAAUAGCUAUAUUCAAUCUGUUGGCGCCGCUUCAAGUAGACUAAACCCAUUUGAACAGUCGUCCAAUACCAAUAUGGUUGCUGCAACCACUAACACAACCAUUAAUACAACUCAUCUAAAUAAUCUUGCAAAUACUUCGCAGCACCAGAACCAGCAACAACAGCACAAUCAAUCGUCCACAUCUCUGCAAAACUGUUAUGUUGCCAAAUGGGCCUGUAAUACGUGUACUUAUGAAAACUGGCCAAAAAGUCUUAAAUGUUCCAUGUGCGGAGAACCCCGUGAUGGAAAUGCAACUUGUAUAGCUUCUUUGGGCGACAACAACGCCGUUACUGCUACAUCAAACUCGGGCAGUAAUAAAUUCCUUAAUAUAAAGGAUGAAAAUCAUGACAUGACUGUGUCAACGAAUAAUUCAUUCAACAAGAAACACAUUUACCAACUAGGUUCUUCUGAGACUAUAAACAACUGUGAUACGGUACAAGAGCGUCAAGAACGGCGUCAACGACAAAUAAGACGACAGGUUGACUGGCAGUGGUUAAAUGCUUGUCUUGGUGUUGUGGAAAAUAACUAUAGCGCUGUAGAGGCGUAUUUGUCUUGCGGCGGUAAUCCUGCUCGUGCUUUAACGGCGACUGAAAUCGCAAUCUUAAAUCGUAACUCAGCGUUUGAUGUCGGUCAUACGCUUAUACAUCUAGCAAUACGUUUUCAUCGUGAAGAAAUGUUACCCAUGUUACUUGCACAGAUCUCCGGCUCUGGGCCUGGCAUAAAGCGAGUACCUUCCUAUGUUGCACCAGAUUUAGCUGCAGAUAUACGAAGGCAUUUUGCUAAUACGUUGCGUAUGCGUAAGACUUCCUUCAAUUGUUUGUAUGUGCAAGAACAUGCUACAUUUGCUUUACCAGCUGAAAUAGAAGAGUUGCCAAUUCAGAUACAAGAACAACUGUAUGACGAACUGUUAGAUCGUGAUGCACAAAAGCAACUGGAAAAUCCACCACCUGCACUGAAUUGGUCUUUGGAAAUCACAGCUCGUUUGGGUUCGCGCUUAUUGGUGUUGUGGAAUCGUAGCGCUGGCGAUUGUCUGCUAGACUCGGCAAUGCAAGCCACUUGGGGUGUAUUUGAUCGUGAUAAUACACUGCGUCGAGCCUUAGCAGACACUUUACAUCAAUGUGGUCCCAUUUUUUAUCCACGUUGGAAAGAGUACGAAAAAUGGCAGGCUUCAAUGUUGCACUUUACACUUGAAGAUGCCCAAUGGCAGGACGAUUGGAGUAACUUGCUAACGUUAGCCAGUCAACCGGGCUCGUCGCUGGAACAGUUGCAUAUAUUUGCUUUAGCUCAUAUACUGCGUCGACCAAUAAUCGUUUACGGUGUAAAAUAUGUAAAAAGUUUUCGUGGUGAAGAUAUUGGCUACGCGAGGUUUGAAGGUCUGUACUUGCCUUUAUUUUGGGACCAAAAUUUCUGCAUAAAAUCACCUAUUGCGCUCGGUUAUACACGUGGUCACUUCAGUGCUUUAGUGCCCAUGGAACCAUUUGCACGUAUCGAUCCACGUCGUGAAGAGCCAGAGGAUGUGCGAUAUCUGCCGUUGAUGGAUUGUGAAUCAAAACUUUUGCCUAUACACUUCUUAACUCAGGCUGAGAUGGGUCGCGAAGAGGCUAUAAUGAGACAAUGGCUUGAUGUAUGCGUUACAGAUGGUGGCUUAUUGGUUGCACAGCAAAAACUGCGAAAACGACCGCUAUUGGUCGCACAAAUGUUGGAGGAAUGGCUGAAUCACUAUCGAAGAAUCGCUCAAGUCAUAACGGCGCCUUUUGUUGGAAGGCCGCAACAAACCGGCUACUCUAGCGAGGGUGAUUCCGAUGAAGAAUAGGCACGAGCACAAACUGGUUGCAGUUCUUCGAAUUGGGGGCAGCUUCCUCGACGGUAACAUUGAGCCACAUGUAAUGGACAUGGAAUAAAGUGGUAGUGUAAACUUGAUUAUUAAGUGAAAAUCCCAAAACAUUAACUGAAUACAUAUAUAAAUAUAUACAAAUUAUGAUAAUUAACUAAAAGUAUGGAUACCUAGAAACAAACAAACUUACAUACAUGCCGUUAAAUUGAUUCAAAACAUACUUUACGUAGUUAAUGGUUAUUGUAAAAAGAACUUACGUAUUCGUAGGUUCGUACAAUGCAAACUUAUACAUCCAUACAUAAAUAUAAAACAAGGAAUAUAACAUAAUUUAAUAAAAAAAAAUCAUAUCCGUUUCCAAUUCAACAUUAAUUGUUGAUUUUAGUUAAAGGACUAAAAAUAUACAAUGGAGGAAAACGAAACAUAAGGACAUUAAAGAACUUUAUGUUUAAAAAGAGUACCACACCCAAUGGCAGGUGUGUAAUAAGAAAUAAAUAAAGUUUAAAAUUGUAUGUAAUAAAAACAAUAGUCAAAAGACAAAGCGGAUAUGGGUUUUAAAAAACAACAAUAACUAUAGCGUCUCACUAAAAUAUGUGCUACUUAAAAUAUUGUCUAAAGAAAAUGUCAACGAUUCACUGACAUUGAACUGCAAAUAUACAUACAUACAUGGAUACGUUGAGUCUCAAGUAAAUCAAAUAAAAAGGAAAUAAAUUCAAAUUAAAAUAAAUUUAAUAAUUAAUAAUAAUAUGUAUUAUUUACAAAAACAAAUGAAUGUAAAAUAUGUAAUUCUUGAACUAGAAAAUAUUUUAUUGUAAUAACGAGUUUCUUUUUGCUGGCCAACGGCAUUUGUCGAGCCAAUUUUACCAGUAAUUGUCCGCAAUCAAAAAAAAAAAAGAGAAAAAACCUUAAAAUACAUUUAUAUUGAAACAAUUUUAAAAAAUGUACAUCUACAAUAAUGAUUUAAAUAGUAAAGAAAAAAUGAGGUAUAUGAUGAUGAAUGAUGUAUGAGAAAAUAAUAUUUAUAGUUGUUUACGAUUUUUUUUGGAAUUAUAAAUGGAUUAUUACUACAUA